GAAACACAAACAAGAACAAACCACAGCACAGAAUCAAAUCUUCAUGGCCACGACGGCUCCCUCCUCCCUCCACCAAACAUUUCUAUCCCCAAAACACCCUCGCCUCCACCACAAUUCCCAUCUCUCUCCUCCUCGUCUCCGCUUCCACUCUCUCCCCAUUCGCGCCACUACAAUCACUCUACAACAGGAGCAGAGCUCAAGCACCCAGAAAAGUCAAAGCUCAGGCAUUGAGUUUCUGUCAUGCCCAGUUUGCUAUGAACCCCUCAUACGCAAAGGCCCAACUGGUUUGAACUUGGAAGCAAUAUACAGGUCAGGUUUCAAGUGCAGGAAAUGCGACAAGUCGUAUUCCAGCAAGGACAUUUACUUGGACCUUACUGUUACUGCUGGGUUGAAGCAGUAUGUUGAGGUCAACCCUGCUAGGACUGAGUUGUUUAGGAGCCCUCUUGUGUCGUUUUUGUAUGAGAGAGGUUGGCGCCAGAAUUUUAGUAGUAGUGGAUUUCCAGGUCCUGAUGAAGAGUUUAAAAUGGCUCAGGACUACUUUAAACCCGCGGAAGGCGGUCUUCUGGUGGAUGUGAGCUGUGGGAGUGGUUUGUUUUCAAGGAAAUUUGCAAAAUCGGGGUCUUAUUCUGGAGUUGUGGCCCUUGAUUUUUCAGAAAAUAUGCUUAGACAGUGCUAUGAUUUCCUCAAAAGAGAUGCUACUCUUUUGGCUACGAAUCUUGCUCUUGUAAGGGCAGAUGUUUCGAGGCUCCCAUUUGCAUCAGGUUCAGUCGAUGCUGUCCAUGCCGGUGCAGCACUGCAUUGCUGGCCCUCUCCUUCAAAUGCUGUUGCUGAAAUUACUCGUGUACUACGAAGUGGCGGUGUCUUUGUUGGAACCACUUUUCUGCGGUAUACUCCAACCACUCCCUGGUAUAUCAGGCCUUUCAGAGAGCAGAGGAUUGCUCAGGGCUACAGCUACUUAACGGAGGAAGAGAUACAGGACUUGUGUACAUCAUGUGGCCUCACGAACUACUCGAGCAAAGUUCAGCAAUCCUUCAUCAUGUUUUCAGCUCAGAAACCUUGAUACUAGGUUUGAGCCAUUUGAAUAUCAUGUCUCCAUUACAUGCAUUUAUCAUAUUUCUUGUUAAUUUGUUGUAUACGAUGUAAUAUAAUUGUAUACACAUCUGAAAAGAAGAAAACAAAACCUGAAAAGGUGGAAAAUCUGGGUAGAUGUAAAGUAUUAUUAUGAAACAUGAAUAAGAAGCACUUCGUUAAUGAUAGU